CGGAGGGGCAGCACGAAUAAAGCCGGGGCAGGAGGGCGCUCCCUUUGUGCGGAGCCGCUCCUGUGGCCGGCCCGGCCGCGGAGGGGACGCUGAGGGGCGGCGGGCCGGGCUGGCUCCGCCCGCACCACAUGACUCCGCCGUCGGGAGAAACUUUUCCCGUCCCGCGGUCGGAAAAUGGCGGCGUAGGGAGCGGGGCUCUGGCAUCCCGGCGGCUCCCGGCGCCAUGACCCGCUGGGUGCCCACCAAAAGGGAGGAGAAGUACGGCGUAGCUCUCUACAACUACGAUGCCAGGGGGCCAGAUGAACUCUCCUUGCAGAUUGGGGACACCGUGCACAUCCUGGAAACUUAUGAGGGUUGGUACAGGGGUUAUACACUACGGAAGAAAUCCAAGAAGGGCAUAUUCCCUGCCUCCUAUAUCCAUCUUAAGGAAGCAAUCGUUGAAGGCAAGGGCCAACACGAGACUGUGAUCCCCAACGAGCUGCCCCUGAUCCAGGAGGUCACCACCACUCUGAGGGAAUGGUCCAUCAUCUGGAGACAGCUCUAUGUGCAGGACAACAGGGAAAUGUUCCGCAGCGUCCGGCACAUGAUUUACGACCUGAUCGAGUGGAGAUCCCAAAUCCUCUCUGGGACCCUGCCCCAGGAUGAGCUCAAGGAGCUGAAAAAGAAAGUGACUGCCAAAAUUGAUUAUGGCAACAGAAUUCUGGAUUUAGAUCUGGUGGUUAGAGAUGAAGAUGGCAACAUUUUGGACCCAGAGCAGACCAGCACCAUCAGCCUUUUCAGAGCACAUGAAAUUGCUUCCAAGCAAGUGGAAGAGAGGCUACAGGAGGAAAAAUCUCAGAAGCAGAAUAUUGAUAUCAACAGACAAGCAAAAUUUGCUGCCACUCCUUCAUUUGCUUUAUUUGUAAAUUUAAAAAACGUCGUGUGUAAAAUAGGAGAAGAUGCUGAAGUCCUGAUGUCUCUGUAUGACCCCCUGGAAUCCAAAUUCAUCAGUGAGAACUACCUGGUGAGGUGGUCGAGCUGUGGCCUCCCCAAGGACAUUGACAGACUGCACAACCUGCGGGCCGUGUUCACCGACCUGGGCAGCAAGGACCUGAAGAGAGAGAAGAUCAGCUUUGUGUGCCAGAUCGUGCGCGUGGGCCGGAUGGAGCUGCGGGACAACAACACCAGGAAGCUCACCUCGGGGCUGCGCCGACCCUUCGGGGUGGCAGUGAUGGAUGUUACUGACAUCAUUAACGGGAAGGUUGAUGAUGAGGACAAGCAGCACUUCAUCCCCUUCCAGCCGCUAGCGUUGGAUGACGCCAUUCGACACAAGCAGCUGAACAUAUCAUCCCGUUUUUCACCCAGGGUGGCAGGGGAGAAUGAUUUCCUGCAGACUGUUAUAAACAAAGUGAUUGCUGCUAAAGAAGUCAACCACAAGGGUCAGGGUCUGUGGGUGACUUUGAAACUUCUUCCAGGAGAUAUCCAUCAGAUUAGGAAAGAGUUUCCACACUUAGUGGACAGGUCAACAGCAGUGGCUCGGAAAAUGGGCUUUCCUGAGAUUAUCAUGCCUGGAGAUGUUCGAAAUGACAUCUACGUCACCUUGGUGCAGGGAGAUUUUGACAAAGGCAGUAAAACCACAGCAAAGAAUGUGGAAGUCACAGUGUCUGUUUAUGAUGAAGAUGGCAAGAGAUUAGAGAGUGUUAUUUUUCCUGGUGCUGGUGAUGAAGCCAUCUCGGAGUACAAGUCAGUGAUCUAUUACCAAGUAAAGCAGCCUCGCUGGUUUGAGACUGUAAAGGUUGCGAUCCCCAUCGAGGACGUGAACCGCAGCCACCUGAGGUUCACCUUCCGCCACAGAUCCUCCCAGGACUCCAAAGACAAAUCUGAGAAAAUAUUUGCUCUGGCAUUUGUGAAGCUCAUGAGAUAUGAUGGGACAACUCUAAGGGAUGGAGAGCAUGACCUUAUAGUUUACAAGGCAGAGGCCAAGAAGCUGGAGGAUGCCUCCACCUAUCUCAGUCUGCCAUCCACAAAAAUUGAGCUGGAGGAGAAGGGACACUCAGCAACAGGCAAGAGCAUGCAGAACCUUGGGAGCUGCACCAUCAGCAAAGACUCCUUCCAGAUUUCCACCCUGGUCUGCUCAACAAAACUUACCCAGAACGUUGAUCUCUUGGGACUGCUGAAGUGGAGAUCCAACACGAGCCUGUUGCACCAAAACUUGAAGCAGCUGAUGAAAGUUGAUGGUGGUGAAGUGGUCAAGUUCCUUCAAGAUACACUGGAUGCCCUUUUUAACAUCAUGAUGGAGAACUCGGAGAGUGAAACCUUUGACACUUUGGUGUUUGAUGCUUUGGUAUUUAUCAUUGGGCUGAUUGCUGACAGAAAAUUUCAACAUUUCAACCCUGUCUUGGAGACCUACAUCAAGAAGCAUUUCAGUGCUACCUUGGCCUACACAAAACUGACCAAGGUAUUGAAAACAUACGUGGACAAUGCUGAGAAGUGUGGGAUCACUGAUCAGCUCUUCAAAGCCAUGAAGGCCCUGGAAUACAUCUUCAAGUUCAUUGUGCGCUCCAGGAUAUUGUUCAACCAGCUGUAUGAAAACAAAGGAGAAGCAGACUUCAGGGAGUCUCUGCUGCAGCUCUUCAAGUCCAUCAACGAGAUGAUGAGCAGCAACUCUGACCAGACUGUCAUAGUGAAGGGUGCAGCACUUAAAUACUUGCCAGCAAUUGUCAAUGACGUGAAAUUAGUGUUUGAUCCAAAGGAGCUCAGCAAGCUCUUCACCGAGUUCAUCCUCAACGUGCCCGUGAGCCGUUUGACCAUCCAGAAGCUCUACUGCCUGAUCGAGAUCGUGCACAGCGACCUCUUCACCCAGCACGACUGCAGGGAAAUCUUGCUGCCAACAAUGACAGACCAGCUCAAGUAUCACUUGGAGAGACAAGAAGAUUUGGAGGCUUGCUGCCAGUUGCUGAGUAACAUCCUGGAAGUGCUCUACAAGAAAGACGUGGGCCCCACACAACGCCAUGUGCAGAUCAUCAUGGAGAACCUGCUGAGGACAGUGAACAGAACUGUGAUUUCCAUGGGACGGGACUCAGAGCUCAUUGGGAGUUUUGUGGCCUGCAUGACAGCCAUCCUGAGGCAAAUGGAGGAUUACCACUAUGCCCAUUUAAUCAAGACUUUUGGCAAGAUGAGGUCGGAUGUUGUGGAUUUCCUGAUGGAGACAUUCAUCAUGUUCAAGAACCUCAUUGGGAAGAACGUCUAUCCCUUCGACUGGGUGAUCAUGAACAUGAUGCAGAACAAAGUCUUCCUGCGAGCAAUUAAUCAGUAUGCAGAUAUGCUAAACAAAAAAUUCCUUGAUCAAGCCAACUUUGAGUUACAGCUCUGGAACAACUAUUUCCACCUGGCUGUUGCUUUUCUCACACAAGAGUCUUUACAACUGGAGAAUUUUUCAAGUGCUAAAAGAGCAAAAAUCCUUAACAAGUACGGGGACAUGAGAAGGCAGAUUGGGUUUGAGAUCAGGGACAUGUGGUACAACCUGGGUCAGCAUAAAAUCAAGUUCAUCCCAGAAAUGGUGGGGCCUAUCCUGGAAAUGACACUGAUCCCAGAAACGGAGCUGCGGAAAGCCACCAUCCCCAUCUUCUUUGACAUGAUGCAGUGUGAAUUCCACUCCACCAGGAGCUUCCAGAGGUUCGAAAACGAGAUCAUCACCAAACUGGAUCACGAAGUGGAAGGAGGCCGUGGAGAUGAGCAGUACAAAGUGUUAUUUGACAAAAUUCUCUUGGAGCACUGCAGGAAGCACAAAUACCUGGCCAAGAGUGGGGAGACCUUUGUGAAGCUGGUGGUGAGGCUGAUGGAGAGGCUGCUGGACUACAGGACCAUCAUGCACGAUGAGAACAAGGAGAACCGCAUGAGCUGCACUGUCAACGUGCUGAAUUUCUACAAGGAGAUCGAGAGGGAAGAGAUGUACAUAAGGUACCUGUACAAGCUGUGUGACCUGCACAAGGAGUGUGACAACUACACAGAGGCUGCCUACACCUUACUCCUGCACGCAAAGCUCCUCAAGUGGUCAGAAGAAGCAUGUGCAGCACAUCUUACCCAGCGGGAUGGAUACCAAGCUGCUACUCAAGGACAGCUGAAAGAUCAGCUCUAUCAAGAAAUUAUCCAUUACUUUGACAAGGGCAAGAUGUGGGAAGAGGCCAUUGCCUUGGGUAAAGAACUUGCAGAACAGUAUGAAAAUGAAAUGUUUGAUUAUGAACAACUCAGUGAACUGCUGAGAAAACAAGCCCAGUUCUAUGAAAACAUUGUGAAGGUGAUACGACCAAAACCAGAUUAUUUUGCUGUUGGAUACUAUGGCCAGGGAUUCCCAACAUUCAUAAGGAACAAAGUGUUCAUUUACCGGGGCAAGGAGUACGAGCGCCGCGAGGACUUCGAGGCGCGGCUGCUGACGCAGUUCCCCAACGCCGAGAAGAUGAAGACAACGUCACCCCCCGGCGAUGACAUCAAAUCCUCCUCUGGCCAGUAUAUUCAGUGCUUCACUGUAAAGCCCAAGCUGGAUUUACCCUCAAAAUUUCACAGGCCAGUGUCAGAGCAAAUUGUGAGUUUCUACAGGGUGAAUGAAGUCCAACGUUUUGAGUAUUCACGCCCUGUUCGAAAAGGAGAGAAAAACCCAGACAACGAAUUUGCAAACAUGUGGAUUGAGAGAACCAUCUACGUGACAGCCUAUAAAUUACCAGGGAUCCUCAGGUGGUUUGAAGUCAAAUCAGUUUUCAUGGUGGAGAUCAGCCCUCUGGAGAACGCCAUCGAAACCAUGCAGCUGACCAAUGACAAGAUCAAUAACAUGGUGCAGCAGCACCUGAACGACCCCAACCUGCCCAUCAACCCCCUGUCCAUGCUGCUCAACGGCAUCGUCGACCCCGCCGUCAUGGGCGGCUUCGCCAACUACGAGAAGGCUUUUUUUACUGAAAAAUACAUGCAUGAGCAUCCAGAGGAUCAUGACAAGAUUGAGAAGCUGAAGGAUCUGAUUGCUUGGCAGAUCCCAUUCCUGGCCGAAGGCAUCCGGAUCCACGGGGAGAAGGUGACAGAGGCCCUGAGGCCGUUCCACGAGAGGAUGGAGGCGUGUUUCAGGCAGCUGAAGGACAAGGUGGAAAAGCAGUACGGCGUCCGCGCCAUCCUGCCAGGCCUGGAGGAGCGGCGGGGCAGCCGGCCGCGCUCCAUGGUGCGCUCCUUCACCAUGCCCUCGUCAUCCCGGCCCCUCUCCGUGGCCUCCGUCAGCUCCCUCUCCUCGGACAGCACUCCCUCCCGGCCCGGCUCCGACGGGUUCGUGCUGGAGCCCCUCCUGCCAAAAAAGAUGCAUUCUAGGUCGCAAGAUAAAUUGGACAAGGAUGACCUAGAUAAAGAUAAAAAGGAAAAGAAGAAGGAGAAGAGGAACAGCAAGCAUCAAGAGAUAUUUGAUAAAGAAUUUAAAUCUACUGAUAUUUCUCUGCAGCAGGCUGAAGCAGUGAUCCUUUCAGAAACGAUCAGCCCCCUGCGGCCGCAGAGACCCAAGAGCCAGGUGCUGAGCGUGAUGUCCAGCGAGCGGCGGUUCUCCGUGUCCCCGGCGCCGCCCGGCUCCCAGCUCACCCCACCCCCCAUCACCCCUCGGACCAAACUCGCCUUCAGCAUCCAGCCCAAUCUGGAGCUGAACGGGAUGUCCAGCUCCGACAUCCCCGACGUUCCCCCUCCUCUGCCCCUCAAAGGAAGCACGGCCGACUACGGGAACCUCAUGGAGAGCCAGGACUUGAUCAGCCCCACCACGUCCCCCCCUGCCCACCAACGGCACCUGCCUCCUCCUCUGCCCAGCAAGACUCCGCCGCCGCCGCCUCCCAAGACGACGCGGAAGCAAACGUCUGUUGACUCUGGGAUUGUCCAGUGAAGAAGGAAGCGGGUUCUUUUCCAAAGAUCAAGCUGUAACAAUUCAUUUCCCUAAGUAUUUUAUGGUCUAUAAUGUUUACCUCAUUCAGGUGCGCAGUAUCUAACCUUUAGUGCAAUGGUAACUCCAUAAGAAAUCCAUUUCUCGCCGUGUGUCGGACCCAACACUACAUCCCCCUGGCUUUGGGGUUAUUCCCUCCCAUAACUUGAAAGAAAUCUGGAUUUCUACUUGAGACUGGGAGCUCCAUCAGCUGACAGAACCCUCUUGCUAAACCUUCUCCCUGCUUUGGAUAACGCCAGGCACAGAGCUAAACGCGGAGAUUAAAAUGAGAGCUGGAAAUGUUGUACCUAAAGAUUUUGGGUACCUCUGGAGUUUCAAAUGAGCAGAGUGUUUGUACCUAAUCUCAGUGUAUAUAGGAGUCAAUGACAAUAUUCACAUGGAAUUCAGGGCAAGAGGAGGUUUCCCAGUGAGGUGAAGCUGCUGUAGGAUUUCCCUGAAUAACAGGGAUUUUAGCCCAGGGUUAAAAAUCAGACACCACUGAUUUGUGAAAUUGGUCUGUGUUACAAAUAACCUGAUUGCAAUGAGCAAAGUGGGGAUUUGGGGCUCUCUUGGCCACAGUGACCACAAUGCCAUCGAGUUUAAAACCUCUGGUGAGAGGAGGAAAGGUGCCAGCAAAACCUUCCUUCUGACCAUGAGGCUGCUCAGGGAAUUUGUAAAGUCCCCUGGGAAAAUGUUCUUGCAGGUGCUGGGGUCCAUCAGUGCUGGCCCCUUUUUAAACAUCACCUCCCAAGGGCACAGGAGCAGCAAUUCCCGAAUGUUGGAAGUCAAGCAGAGCUGGCUUGGCUGAACAGGGAUCUCCUCUUGGAUAUCAGGUGGAAAAGGAAGGUGUGUGCCAGUGGAAGCAGGGUCAGGGGGAAUGGGAACAACACAGAGCUGCAGCUCCCCCCUAUAGGGAGAAAAUUCCUGUGGUCAAAGCUCAGCUGGAGUUGGAGCUGCCAGAACUGUCAGGGACAAAAAAAGAGCUUUUCUUCAAAUGUAUCAAUGGCAAAAGGCAGUGUAAAAAUAUCAUCAGCCCAUUCUAGGGUGGGGAUGGGCACCUCACAAACAGGGACAGGGACAAGGCAGGGGUGCUUAACACAUCCUUUGUCUGUCUUCAACGUGGGUCACAGACCAAGAGGGUCCCAGUGCCCUGAGCUGGAGAACCAUGCCUGUGACAAUGAUCAACUCCCAGUCAGCCUGAAACUGCAGCAUCUGCAGCCCCAGCUGAACCCCUGCAAGUCCAUGGGCCCUGAUGGGAUUUAUCCAGAAUCCUCAAAGAGCUGCUGAUGACAACAUAAAGCCCCUCUUGAUGAUUUUUCCUCUCUGGGGAAUCCAGAGAGGUCCCAACUGACUGGAAGCUGGGGAAUGUUGUCCUGAUUUUCAAAAAGGGCAAGAAGGAGGACCCUGGAAACUACAUGCUCAGUAAAAUCAUGGAGAAGAUUAUUCUGGGAGGUCCUGGAAAACACCUGGAGGACAGUGAAGUCAUGGGUCACAGCCAGCACAGCUCCAUGAGGGAAAGUCCUGCUUGUGGAACCCAAUUUCCUUCUACAGCAGGGUAACCCAGCUGGCUGAUCCAGGAAAGCCAGGAGAUGGAAUCUUUUUGGACUUCUGCAAAGCUUUUGAUACUGUCUCCCACAGGAUCCUUCUGGACAAAAUGUCCAUCCUACAGCUGGAGGAACACAUCAUGGGAUGGGUGAGCAGCUGGCUCAGGGGUGGGGCACAGAGGGUGACAGUGACAGGGUGACACCAGGCUGGCACCAGUCCCACUAUAAACAAGACAUGAAACUGUUAGAGAGUGCCCAAGGGGAAGGAAGGGCCUUGAGGAGAAGCCGUGUGAGGAGCAGCUGAGGGCACCUGGAAUGUUCAGCUGGAGGAGAGGAGACUGAGGGGAGAGCUCAGUGGGUCAGCAGCAUCAUCCUGAGGGAACUGCAGGGGCAGGGAUGAAUUCUUCAUUGUCACAGUCAGGGACAGCACCCAGGGAGCAGCUGGAGCUGGGCCAGGGUGGAUUUAGGGAAAGGUUCUCCCCUGAGGGUGCUGGCACUGCCCAGGCUCCCCAG